UUUUGACGUCGCGACAACUCGAUUUACUCAAUUGCAAAACGAGCAGAGGCUACUUACCUAGGCGUCCAUAUAGCCAAAAUGGCAGCAGUCACUCGUUCGAGGCUGCUGAACCUCACAAAGGCUCAAUGCGAAAUCUUCGCAACAACGUACAAUCCUGACGGCAUACGGAUGGGCAACCUAAUCCUUCGACAAAGGUUAAGAGGUCCGACACUUGCGAAGUACUAUCCUCCACGAGGCCCUACAAUCAACACAUUAGAGAGAGCGUUCAAAGGCUUGGGGUUGGAGACCAUCAACGAGCAAGAAGAGGAUAGAUUAGAGCACUUGGCGGGAGUAAAAUCGCGUGGAAAAGGCGCACCGAAGAAAAUAAGGACUCCCAAAGGCAAAGGACGUUUUGACAAAAAAAAGAAAUGAGACUAGCAUGUGCUAUAUCUGUAUAUAUGUACACAGCAAUGACGGCGUUCAUGUGGUUAUGGGAUGUGAAUGUG